GCCAAACACCACAAAAACACUGUUGUAGAUUCGCCAACAAACAGGAAUGGCUUGCGGCAAAAUGGAUCGCAUCAAAACCUGCCGCGGUAUAAGACUUGUACCAGCUUCAAAAAGGGAUCGCAAGCUCCGAAGGACUCGCAGAAAAGGAGGCAAUUUUGCUCCCAUUUUGUAGGCUCCAUGAUUUCUCUGAAAGAGGCCACGGUUUCAGGAGAGGUGAUAAGAAAUGAAUGCUCUCCAAAUGCUAAAAUCCACCCAAUCAUUUCAGCCAGGCGGAUACACGGUGGCUAG